UGAGCUGAAAGAAAUGGACUUAAUAAUGAUGCAACACACAAUAGAAUCUGAAAUCUUCUUCUUCUUCUUCUCAUGUCUCUCUCAUUCCAAAUUUCUUCUCGUGAAUUUUCUUUUGUACUCUUCCUUCAGCAUUAGGGUUUUCCUCCAUGCUCCACUGUUUCCAUUCUCCGCAAGUGCACUGCACCCACCGAUAGGGUUUGCACUUGGUUCUCAAUUUCUAAUAAUGUUCAAAGGGUCAACUUUUGAGUGAUAAUGUGGAGUGGUUUUUCCAAGCAUCUACAUUUAUAGUUCCUACUUUCUAUAAAGUUGGUUUUUUUGUUUUUGUUUUUUGGUGAUGCUUUUAGUUUAGGUACUGUUUACAAAAGCAUCAGAGCAUAAGCAUAACCCCUCUUUGGAACAUGGGUUGUUCCCAUGGCAAGUGUUGCUGUGUGAAAUCUUCUUCAUUGGAUAGCGAUUCUAGAAAAACUGGGUUUCAUCAUAGUCAUAGGAAGAACAUACUCGCUCAGAGAGUACUGAAACAUGUUCCUGUUCCUUCCCACAACUUUGUUUUGGAAUAUACCUUUCUCACACUGCGAGGUUACUACCCUGAUUCACUGGAUAAACAAAACCAAGAUAAUUUUUGCAUCAGGACUCAAAUUCAAGGUAACCCCAAUAUUCAUUUCUUUGGUGUUUUUGAUGGGCAUGGUCAAUUUGGGAGUCAGUGUUCAAACUUUGUUCGGGAUAGGUUGGUAGAGAAAUUAUCUAAUGACCCUGCAUUGGUGGAGGACCCCGUUCAAGCUUACAAAUCUGCCUUUUCGGCAACAAAUCAUGAAUUGCAUACUAGUGACAUUGAUGAUUCUAUGAGCGGCACAACGGGAAUUACAGUGCUUGUUAUUGGAGAUACCCUCUAUGUUGCUAAUGUUGGUGAUUCGAGAGCUGUGCUAGCUGUUAAGGAUGGGGAUCGAAUUAUUGCACAGGACUUGUCCUCUGAUCAGACUCCAUUUCGGAGAGAUGAAUAUGAGAGAGUGAAACUUUGUGGAGCAAGAGUGUUGAGUGUUGAUCAAGUGGAAGGGCUCAAGGAUCCAAGUAUCCAACAUUGGGGUAACGAAGAGAGUUGGGAUGGUGAUCCUCCGAGAUUGUGGCUUCCAAAUGGGAUGUAUCCAGGAACUGCAUUUACAAGGAGUUUAGGGGAUAGGUUGGCGGAGACAAUUGGCGUGGUUGCUACUCCAGAGGUGUCAACUUUUCGGCUUAAUCCUAAUCACCUCUUCUUUGUUGUUGCUAGUGAUGGCAUAUUUGAAUUCUUGUCAAGCCAAACUGUUGUUGAUAUGACAGCAAAAUUUACAGAUCCCCGUGAUGCAUGUGCGGCUAUUACCGAAGAGUCAUAUAAACUAUGGUUGGAACUUGUGAAUCGAACAGAUGACAUCACAAUUAUCAUUGUCCAGAUUAAAGGAUUUUCUAAUUCUAGUACAUCUGGAGUUGAAUCAAGUGAGGCCAAUGUUGGUACUGCACUGAGGAGCCCAGACACAGUUGUUCUCUCUCAAUCAUGUCAAAGAUCAACUGAAUCAUGAUCAAAGAGAAGGAUUUUCCAGAAGUUCACCACGUCUCGCUGUAGUUUCUCUAAGUGGUACAUUUAUAUGUUCCGACUUUUCUGAGUCUUUUGCAUUGGUCUUGUACAUUUACCGGUCGGUCACUGUAUAGUUGUUCAAGAUUGCCGCCGGUAUGAGGUUGAUUGUCAUGGAAGCAAAACAGGACCUAGUUGAGAAAGUAGAAAUUAAAGUUGGUGAAAUUCAGGAUACUUCAUACUUGUUUAGCUAUAUACCCUUUUCGGAAAGGAAAAAAAAAACUUGUUUAACCAUACAGAA